AUGACACAUGUUUCUUCAUUCAAUCGUGUAGUCAAAUUUACGACAGAAAAAAUUGAGUUACACCCUUUACCUGAAGAGGGACUAUCAUCUGGGAUAUCUAAUGAUAUUCUCGAUUUCUUGUCUAAGUCAACUAAUAUUUUGGGUUCAAGCAAUGGGUUGAUUCUUUGUUUUGCCAUAGACCAAAACCAAUUGUUCGUUGGUAAUCCUGUAACAAAGUCUUGGUUUCCUAUUCCAACCCCUGAUCACUUACAAAAGUAUAUCAGCAAUGGUGGUUUUGUUGGUUUUGAAUGUGACUCAAGUGACUGGAUGGUGUUUCUUUUUUAUGGAGAUGAUUGGUCAAAUUUGGAUUGCAUUGUUUACCUAUCCAAGGAAGGUGUGUGGAAAACAAUGGAAAAAAGCUUGUUAUAUGGAGGAAGAAACUUGAUAUUUGACAUGCCUGUACAUCACAAUGGAGCCAUCUAUUUCAUCUCAGAUUGUUUUCCUUACUUUACAAAAGAGAGUCUUUAUUUUAGGCCAUAUAUUAUAUCAUAUAACUUUGAAGACGGGAGUUCAAGGAUGUUGAGAGUGCCCAAAGAAGCAAGAAAGGGUUCUCAUGACCUUACUUGUGAUAUGAAAAUUUCUAAAUGGGGCAAAGUCACUAAUUCAUGUCAAUCUAUUUGUUUAGUGAGAUUGAGAAAACAUGUGUUCACCAUAUGGAUUCUGACAAAUUACGAAUCAAGCAAGUGGAAAAGGAUCUUGAAAGUGAGGGUAAAAGCAAUGGGAAUGAAUGAAAAGGAUCCUAUUAUCAAGGGUUUUGUUGUUUUAAAUGGUGAUCUCUUAGUUAUUGCUACAAAGAAUAGUGUAUAUGGCUAUGGUUUGACUAAUGAAAAGUACAUGAUAAUAGAGAAAAUUUGUGAACAUGAAUAUGAAUCUUAUGUUCACAUUACUUCUUACUCGAACACACUAUGCAAGUGUGGUAUUAGAGUUAAAACUUUGUUGCUUCCUUCACAUACUUGUUCUAAAGAAAGUGUAGCAUAA